AUGUAUCGCCAGGCUCUGGUGGCGGGUCUCCAUGGAGCGGCCAGACGGCCCACUAAUUUGGCUAAGGAAAGUCAGGGCUCGAACCCUCUCCCCGAGCCCCGGGUAACUCUUAAAGUGGAGGGGGAACCUGUUCAAUUUUUGGUAGAUACCGGAGCCCAGCACUCCGUCCUUCUCCACUCAAAAGGUCCUAUCUCAGCUAAAAGGUCAUGGGUACAAGGAGCCACUGGGAGUAAACAAUAUUCAUGGACCACACGAAGGACAGUAGAUCUUGGGAUUGGACAAGUAACCCAUUCAUUUUUGAUUAUUCCGGAAUGCCCCUAUCCUUUGCUGGGAAGAGACUUGCUCUCCAAAGUGGGGGCUCAAAUUCACUUCCAACCAGAAGGUCCCACCAUAACUGACAGUAAGGGAAGAUUACUCCAAAUAUUGACUAUGAGAUUGGAAGAUGAAUAUAAAUUAUAUGAAAAACCUUCAUCUCUACGAGUUAAUGUCACAGAUUGGGUAACUCGGUUCCCGCAAGCCUGGACAGAAACCGCCGGUAUGGGGAUGGCUAAAAAUCGGCCCCCAGUACUAGUGGAACUCAAGGCAACUGCCACCCCAAUAACGGUUCGUCAAUACCCCAUGAGUAAGGAAGCCAAAGACGGCAUCCGUCCUCACAUACAGAGGUUGCUGGAAUUGGGUAUUCUGGUAAGAUGUCAAUCCGCGUGGAAUACCCCUCUCCUGCCAGUUAAGAAACUGGGAACUAAUGAUUAUCGACCAGUACAAGACCUGCGUGAGGUAAAUAAACAAGUGGCGGACCUCCACCCCACAGUACCAAAUCCUUAUAAUCUCUUAAGCACUCUUCCGCCCCAACAUACAUGGUAUACUGUUUUGGACCUUAAGGAUGCUUUUUUCUGCCUAAGACUUUCUCCCCUCAGCCAGCCCUACUUUGCCUUCGAAUGGAAGGACCCAGCAUCAGGGAUAUCUGGCCAACUGACAUGGACUCGUUUACCUCAGGGAUUUAAGAACUCCCCUACCAUCUUCGAUGAAGCUCUUCAUCAGGAUUUAGCGUCAUACAGAGAAUCAAAUCCACAGGUAACGCUACUUCAAUAUGUUGAUGACAUCUUAUUAGCUGCUGAAACCCAGGAAGAUUGUAUCAAGGGAACUGAAAAACUGUUAACAGAGCUCGGAACCCUGGGAUAUAGAGCUUCAGCCAAGAAAGCACAAAUAUGCCAACAACAGGUCAGUUACCUGGGGUACCUGUUAAAAGGGGGGCAAAGAUGGCUCACGGAGAGCAGAAAGGAUACGGUAACCCAAAUUCCGGCUCCCAAAAACGCCAGGCAGGUUAGAGAAUUUUUGGGGACGGCCGGAUUCUGUAGACUAUGGAUUCCAGGGUUUGCCGAGCUGGCAGCCCCAUUGUACCCCCUAACCAAAAACAGCACUCCUUUCGUUUGGGGCGAUAAGGAACAACGGGCUUUUGACCAAAUCAAACGAGCUUUACUUUCAGCUCCAGCCCUAGGACUGCCAGAUGUAACCAAACCUUUUCAUUUAUAUGUGGCCGAAAAUAAGGGCAUUGCAAAAGGAGUAUUGACUCAGAAAUUGGGUCCCUGGAAUCGCCCAGUUGCUUAUUUGUCAAAAAAAUUGGACCCUGUGGCAUCAGGAUGGCCCACCUGUUUAAAGAUGAUCGCUGCAGUAGCCGUUCUGGUCAAAGAUGCUGACAAACUAACUUUAGGACAAAAUCUAACGAUAACAGCUCCUCAUGCCCUGGAGAAUGUAAUCCAUCAACCACCGGAUAGGUGGCUAACUAAUGCCAGGAUGACCCAUUACCAAGCCCUGUUGCUAAACUCAGAUCGCAUCAAGUUUGCUCCAGCCACAGGACUCAAUCCAGCUACCUUGCUACCUGAUCCCGAUUUAGAAGGCUCCACCAUCAUCCAUGAUUGUCAGGAAGUGUUGGCUGCAGCACACGGUAGUAGACCAGAUCUGAUGGACCUACCCCUUCCUGAUGCUGAUUUUACUUGGUUUACUGAUGGGAGCAGUUUCCUGGAAGGAGGUAAGCGUCGGGCUGGGGCAGCCGUGGUAGACGGAAAACAAGUCAUUUGGGCAGCUGCGCUACCACAAGGGACCUCAGCCCAACGAGCUGAAUUAAUUGCCAUAACAAGAGCAUUGGAGAUGGCAGAGAAUAAAAAGGUAAACAUCUACACGGACAGUAGAUAUGCAUUUGCUACCGCUCAUAUCCACGGUGCCAUCUACCAACAGAGAGGGUUGCUAACCUCAAGUGGCAGAGAAAUUAAAAACAAAGACGAAAUUGUGGCUCUAUUGGUUGCACUUAUGCUUCCCACUAAAGUUAGCAUCAUUCACUGCCCUGGACACCAGAAAGACAAUACCCCAAUAACUAGGGGUAAUAAUAUGGCUGACAAGGUGGCCCGAGAAAUAGCAUCGGGAAAAGUCAUUUUAGGACUGUCAGAUAAAGUUCCUGAAAAACCAGGCCAUGACAAGGAAAUCAUCCCGGCCACAACAAAAGGAACUUUGUCCCCUCAGCAAGCAGAAUCCAUGUUACAACAGAUUCAUAGAUGGACACAUCUGGGGACUAAAAAAAUGAUAUCCCUGUUACAUAAAACCGGGUACGGAACCCCUGGAUUGACAAAAUUAGCUGAACAAAUUGUACAGGAAUGUGUUCCAUGUCAACAGGUAAAUGCUCACAAGGGAAAACUUGAAAUUGGAAAAAGGCUCAGGGGAGACCGCCCAGGAACUUACUGGGAGGUGGACUUUACCGAAGUACGUCCUGGAAGGUACAGUAAUAAAUACCUCCUAGUUUUUAUAGAUACUUUUUCAGGAUGGAUAGAAGCCUUCCCAACGAAGAAAGAAACAGCUGCUAUGGUAGCCAAGAAGAUCCUAGAAGAAAUUUUUUCUCGAUUUGGGGCUCCAAAGGUAAUAGGGUCCGACAACGGUCCAGCCUUCGUCGCCCAGGUAAGUCAGGAUGUGGCCAGAUAUUUGGGGACUGAUUGGAAAUUACAUUGUGCAUAUAGACCCCAGAGUUCAGGUCAGGUAGAAAGAAUGAAUAAAACUCUAAAAGAGACCCUAACUAAAUUGUCCUUGGAGACUGGCGGUACAGAUUGGACAGUGCUCCUUCCUUUAGCCCUGUUUCGGGUUAGGAAUACACCUUCCCGAUACCAUCUUACUCCUUUUGAGGUACUAUACGGGGCCCCACCUCCUCUUCUCACCUUAGGAGAAGAAAUAAAACCAGACUGUCAAAAUAACACUGACUUGUAUGCUAGGCUAUUGGGACUCCAACUGGUCCAAAAGGAGAUAUGGUCCCAACUCGCCGAGGCCUACCAACCGGGAACACCGGGAGAAACUCAUCUUUUCCAAGUCGGAGACUCCGUAUACGUCCGUCGGCAUCGAACCCAGACGUUGGAACCUCGAUGGAAAGGACCAUACACCGUCCUCCUCACCACCCCAACGGCCAUAAAAGUGGACGGCAUCGCUGCCUGGAUUCAUGCGUCACACGUGAAAGCUGCACCAGCGAUGGCAUCAUCAGGAUGGCGGGCCCAAAGAACCGACAACCCGCUCAAACUCAAGCUUCUACGAACCUAAGACUUAUAAUUUUGAUUUUACUGCCUUUACUGACUGUAAGUGAUUUUAG